AUGUCCGAGACGGAGGGGCAGGAGACGGAGGAGCAGGAGACGGAGGGGCAGAAGACGGAGGGGCAGGAAAGGGAGGAGCAGGAGACGGAGGGACAGAAGACGGAGGGGCAGGAGAGGGAGGAGCAGGAGACGGAGGGACAGAAGACGGAGGGGCAGGAGAGGGAGGAGCAGGAGACGGAGGGACAGAGGACGGAGGGGCAGGAGACGGAGGGACAGAAGACGGAGGGGCAGGAGACGGAGGGACAGGAGACGGAGAGACAGGAGACGGAGGGGCAGGAGACGGAGGAGCAGGAGACGGAGGGACAGAAGACGGAGGGGCAGGAGACGGAGGAGCAGGAGACGGAGGGACAGGAGAGGGAGGGACAGAAGACGGAGGGGCAGGAGACGGAGGGACAGAAGACGGAGGUGCAGGAGACGGAGGGACAGGAGACGGACGGACAGAAGACGGAGGGGCAGGAGAGGGAGGGACAGGAGACGGACGGACAGGAGAUGGAGGGACAGGAAAUGGAGGGACAGGAAAUAGAGGGACAGGAGAUGGAGGGACAGGAAAUGGAGGGACAGGAGAUGGAGGGACAGGAGAUGGAGGGACAGGAAAUGGAGGGACAGGAGACGGACGGACAGGAGAUGGAGGGACAGGAAAUGGAGGGACGUUAUAUGUCAUGCUUCCGUCAAAAUGUCUCAUACCAAAGUGUCAAUUACUUAAAGAAUUAA